GAACCAGAGAGUAAUACUGUGAGCACUGGGACCGCACUGGGAGCACUGGGGGUAGACAGGGAAUCAUACUGGGAGAACUGGGACCGCACUGGGAGCCCUGCGGGGAGUCAGGGAGUCAUACUGGGAGAACUGGGACCACACUGGGAGCCCUGCGGGGAGUCAGGGAGUCAUACUGGGAGCACUGGGACCGCACUGGGAGGACUCAGGGAGUCAUACUGGGAGUACUGGGAUCAUACUGGGAGCACUGGGACCGCACUGGGAGCACUGGUGGGAGUCAGGGGGUCAUACUGGUAGCACUGGGACGGCACUGGGAGCACUGGAGGUGGUCAGGGAGUCGUACUGGGAGCACCGAGACCGCACUGCGAGCACUGGGGGGAGACAGGGAGUCAUACUGGGAGCACUGGGACCGCACUGGGAUCGCUCUAUGCUGGUCCAUACUGGGAUCACUGGCCCGUACUGGGAUCACUGGUCCGCACAGGGCCGUACUCCAUCUCCCAUCAUCCCCUGCGCCGGAAGUGGGCGCGGUUUCCGGCCGCGGUGGGCGUUGCCCUGUGACGCGCGGCAGCAUGGCGGAGCUGGGGUCGCCGCGGGAGGUCGCGCAGUUUCAUGACAAGAUAGAUUCGACUCUUGAGAGUCUGAAAGGCACAGUUGAACGUCUGAGGCAGCCACCUUCGAUCUCAGCAGAGGUUGAGAAGAUUAAAGAGCAAAUCAGUGAAAAUAAGAACGUGUCAGUGGAUCUGGAAAGACGUCAGCCGGUGUAUGAGACGCUUAAACAGAGAGGGAAGGAAAUGAUUGCUCGCUCAGAAGGAGCCGAUAAGGAUAUAUCUGCUAAAGCUGUUCAAGAUAAACUAGACCAAAUGGUCCUCAUUUGGGAAGACAUCCAGACCUUGACUGAGGAGAGGGAGGCCAAAUUGUUGGAUGUAAUGAAACUAGCCGCAAAGUUGUGGUGUAGUCACGUGGCUCUUGCAGCUACUAUUAAAGAUACUCAGGAGCUCAUUGGAGAACUGGAGGGACCUGGAGUUGACCCAUCUCUAGUCAAGCAACAGCAAGAAGACAUUGAGCACAUCACUGAGACUUUUGAAAGUGAUACGUACUUGAGAUUCCCUGAGUAA